AUGGCAAAGCUGAUAGCGUCUUUGCACGCAGUAUCCUGCUGCGAUCCUCGCUGUGUUCCGGAGCACUUCUUUAACCUGAGACCAGGUGAGGUCGUUGUCCACCGCAAUGCGGGUGGGAACAUUCGACCGGCCAUCCGCGACAUCAUCAUCCUAGACACACUCGUCAGGUUGGAUGAAGUGAUCAUCGUCCACCACACCGACUGCGGCACCCUCCGCUUCACGGACCAGCAGCUCCGUGAUGCAUUGAAAGCGCGCGUGGACAAGACGCACUGGGACGAAAUUGAUGGAAUGGAGUUUGGAGAGUCUUCCGAUGUCAUUGAAAGCGUCAAGGAAAACCUCAAUUGGUUCCAGGCCAGUCCGCUGAUCAGGGAUGGGCUAAAGCAGCGCACGCAGGGGUUUGUGUAUGAUAUCAAGACCGGCAGGGUGGCGAAGGUGGAUGGGGCUGGAUUGCUGCCAUAA